GUAAGAAAUCAGGCCUUACUGGAGACAUUCAAGCAAAGGUUGGACAACUACUUUUCCAGAACAGAAAGGAAACUCAUGCAUCAGAAAAGGUGACUAAUAAACGUUCCAAAAGAAUAUGGCUGCACAAAUACCAGAAUCUGAUCAGAUAAAACAGUUUAAGGAAUUUCUUGGAACCUACAAUAAACUUACAGAAACCUGUUUUUUGGACUGUGUUAAAGACUUCACAACAAGAGAAGUAAAACCUGAAGAGAUCACCUGUUCAGAACAUUGCUUACAGAAAUAUUUAAAAAUGACACAAAGAAUAUCCAUGAGAUUUCAGGAAUAUCAUAUUCAGCAGAAUGAAGCCCUGGCAGCUAAAGCAGGACUCCUUGGCCAACCACGAUAGAGAAGUCCUGAUUUGUGGACUUUCAAUGAAAGAUUGCCAACAGCUGUUGCACUGGAAAUGUGGAUUCAUCUGAUAGAAUGCCCUGAAAGCAGUAGCCACAAUGUUAAACCAUCUGUCGUGACUGUCUGGCAAAUGGAAACCACUGGAGAAACAAAAUCUAUUUACCAGGAAUAAUCAAGAUAGAAGGUCUUAAUGUUCAGUGAAAAUAAUAAAAUGCAACAUUUGUUGAGGCCUUAAGAUUCAGCAGUUGGUCACUUGAUUAGAAAAAUAAACCAUUGUUUCUUCAAUUGUGACUGUUAAUUUUAAAGCAAAAUAUGUGUUCAAUCAUGUAUGAGAUAUAAAAAAUUUUUUAUUACUAAAAGUAAAAUAAAUGGAAACAUCACUGAUUGUUUAUACUAUAUAUACCAUAUAGCAUUCUGACUUGACUGUGGAUACGUUGAAAUGUUUUUCAGUCAGGAUCAUCCUCCCAGCAUUCCUGUUUAUUCAUUUCUGCCUCAAAUUGCUGGUGAAUACAUAAAAGAGUUACUUGCUAAUCA